CUUGGAUACAUCACACAGUGUAUGUAUACAAGGUCUGUAUUUAUCUACCCUGUUCUCAUUUUAUUUAUUUUUAUUUUAAUGAUAAGCUUGUAAAGUUUAUUUAUUGGUCAAUUGAAAAAGUAUUAACAAUGUUGCCAAAUUUGAAUGUUGAUCAUAAAGAACACCUGUCAUUUCUUACUGAGCAGUCAACACAAGUUUUACAAGACUUUGGUAAAUUGGCCAUCGACUACUUACAAAAAGGACCAAAUUUUAAAUUAUAUAGCGCAGCAGCGCAAAAAUUACAAGCUGAACCUCUAGUAAUAAAACAUUCUGUUGAAGCUCUUCUUAAUCUUCUGUUGGAAGGUUGUAAGUACAAGCUUACUCAGAAUGAUUUUCGAGAAUUGGUUAAAAGUUUGGGUUUUUCCAAAGAACAAGAAAUCUUAGUCAGUAAAUUAUAUACAGUAAAAAAAGAAGAAUUAUCUGAAGCUAUUUUAAAUUUUAAUUUAAAAGUUCCUCAAUACCACAAUAUGGAUUGGAGGUUUGAAGUACAGAUAGCAUCUAGAUCACAACUUAAUCAAGUCAUUCCCAUGGUGAUAUUAGAUUUAUGUUUAAAAAAUACUUCUGAUUCGAAUGAAGUAAAACACGUGCUAUUACAAACAGAUCCAAAUAACUUGUUGCAUUUGACACGAGAACUUGAACAGGCAGUCCGAGAAGGUUUUAGUAGACAUAUAAGACGAGUUGGUAGGAUUAUAGAGUAGUUUUUUAUAAACAGCUUUUAUAUUCAAUAGUUAGAUAAUCAACACUUCCACAGUUGUAGCUUUUAUAUCGGUAAACGAAAAGUUAUAAUCCAAAUUAAGUUCAUGCUUAUGAUCAAUUUCAAUUACUUGAGCUUAAUUGAAAUAAUAAUAAAAAAGAAAAUUACAUCAAAUAUUUUUGAAGCUGACAGAAGACUGAAUUGUUACCUUGUAACUUUA